AAAGAUGCGGCACUACAGAGGUCGCCGCCUCUCGAGUUGUCUCUGGCGAAGAUGCUUCCCUUGGGGAGUGGCCAUGGCAGGCCUGGACUAACAUCACGGGUAUCGGAUUCACUUGCGGGGGGUCUCUCAUAACACCUGAAUGGGUACUAACCGCUGGUCACUGUAUUAUCGACGACGAUGUAUCCAAGUACCGUGUGACGCUGGGUGACGUAGAUCGCACCAAACACGAAAAGUCAGAGCAAACAUUCAAGAUUAAACGGAUAAUCAAGCAUCCUUUGUAUGGAGUGGAUUGGCCGUAUAACAAUGAUGUUGCGUUACUUCAUCUAUCACGCAAUGCUAAGAAAACGCCUUUCGUGAAAACAGUAUGCCUUCCCAAGGAGAGAGACGAGAUUCCUUUUGGGUCAAAUUGCUUUAUUACUGGAUGGGGACAAAUGCUACAUCCGGAAUCUGGAGCCGAGAUCCUUCAACAGGCUGAAAUGCCUGUCGUCUCUAACGACGCAUGCGCAGCAAAACUAGACACCUCCCCCAACGGAGGGCUGCACACAGAUAACAGAACAUGGGCUGUAACUAGCAAGAUGCUUUGCGCAGGGGACGCUGGGAAAACUAAGACCAAUGGUUGCUAUGGUGAUAGUGGAGGUCCAUUUGUGUGUGGGACUACCGCUGGUCAAUGGGUACUUCAAGGGGUUGUGAGCUGGGGUGAUCCAGACUGCUCGUCGUCCAAUCACUACUCAGUGUUUGCUAGAGUUAGCCAGUUUGUCACUUGGAUUCAACACCAAAUUGAUCAAUAUUCUUAUCAGAUUCCAGCAAUAGAUUAUAGCUGGAACUGAACAGUGCGAACAAAGCAAACCAGCUGAUGUGAGAAAAAAAUGUUGGCCAAUCAGAAUCGAGAAAUUUUGCAAAACUGAAGUGUCACUGUUCCUCUUGAAAUCACGGAUGCUAACACGUGUUUGAUAACCGUGUCACAAUAAUUCAUGAGUUUUAUGUUUUUAUUUCAAUGGCGGGCAUGUUUUUACUUUUCGCUUGUCAAUUUUUGCAUGCUUCAUAACACCUCAGUUUUGCAAAGACGUCAUUUUCACGGCCCUAUUUUAGAUCAGCUGGAAAUAUCUAGACGAAUCUUUUGUGUGGUUCAUACCUUAGUGACAUGCCAUACUCUAAGCGAGAAAAAAUAAAUAAAUAAGUAUAAUGCUAAAUAAGAAAGCAUUAAACGAUCCACGAAAACAUGUAUUUUAAUCAGGUGAAGUCAAGGACAAUCUAACAAGGUAAAUCGAGUGGCCAGCCGUGUUCUUGCACACUCACUAAAAUGAAAAUAAUGUU